GGCCUCAUUCUGCGCAGGCGCAGCGGCGUCCCUCAGCACCUCCAAAGCUACUGGUACCACCGGCGUCUGAAAUUGUCAAGCAGCGCCAGACCCAAGUCUCGCGGUCUGAGUGCCGCCGGGUAACAUAAUUAAGCGGCGCCCCCAGCGUGCGGCCAGGCCUGUGCCAGAGCCCGCCCGGCCCUCCUGCAGCACAGUCCCGCCUUCCGCUGCUGUCACGGUCAGUGUGGGUCCCUGCAGGUUCCAGUCCCAACAAGGACUCCAGGAGCUUAGCACAGAUCAGAGGCCCGGGUCAGGACCUGGAAGGAAGAAAGUCGUCCAUGGUGGACACAGUCAAUAUUGCCACAUGAGACAGGGUAGCCAAGGCGGAGGAGCAGACCCACUGGCAGCCAGAUGAGCAGAGAGGUUUGUGUGCACACCUGGCCGUGUUCCUACUACUUAGAGCUGGACAAGCGAUGGGUUCCUGGAAAGCUUUCCUUAACCUCCCGCUCCCUGAAGUUUAUGGCUGAUGAGGCCCAGGAGACGCUGGUGAGCUUCCCACUGUCUGGCAUCACUGCGAUCAAGAAGGAGGCUUCUCACUUCGUCUUCAGCUCCAUCACUGUCCUGGAGAAGGACAGCCACAAGCACUGGUUCAGCUCCCUGCUGCCCAGUCGCAAUGCCGCGUUUAGCGUCAUCGAGCAUUUCUGGAGAGAGCUGCUGCUGUCCCAGCCAGAAGCGCCACUCCCUGCCACCAAGGGGAAGGAGCUGACGGGCCUCAUGGUCUGCUCCCAGAAGCGCCUGGAGGACACGGCCCGCAUCCUCCACCAUCAGGGUGAGCAGCUGGACAGCAUCAGCAGGGGCCUGGACAAGAUGGAAUCCGACCUGGAUGUGGCUGACAGGUUGCUGACAGAGCUGGAGUCCCCUUCCUGGUGGCCCUUUAGCUCCAAACUUUGGAAGACGCCAUCAGAAACAAAGCCCAAAGAAGGGGCCUCUACGUCUAGUCCCAAAGCUCUUGGGAAGGAAGGGGUAGUGGUCAGAAUCCCUGCUGUCGUCUCCCAGAGAACAGCGUCCCAUGUCAAACCAGGGAGUCUCACCGUCUUGGUGUCUGGGCUGGAAAUCCAUGACUCGAGUUCCAUGCUCAUGCAUAGGUAUGAAAGAGAAGAUGUGGAUGACAUUAAGGUUCACACGCCCUAUGAGAUCAGUAUCCGCCAGCGGUUCAUUGGGAAGCCCGACAUAGCUUAUCACCUGAUAUCUGCCAGGAUGCCAGAGGCCAUUCCCGUUUUGGAGGUGCAGUUCAGCAAGAAGAUGGAGGUAUUAGGAGAUGCCCUGACGCCUGGCAGCACCAGAACCUCCUCGGCAGCAGAGAGGGGCAGCUCUGUAUGGCACGCAGCGUCUGGGCUGAUGGACCGGGCCGCUCACCGGGAGCCCUGCCCGGGCAGCCAGGAGGUCCAGCCAUUCCAGGUGCAGGCGCGCCAGCCGUUCAUUUCUGAGGGAGACGCCCAAGAGCUGAGACAGAUCCUGAGGAAGCUCAAGGGUCUUGCCCUGGACACUGAGGCAGAGCUGGAGAGGCAGGACGAGGCCCUGGAUGACAUCACGGCUGCCGUGGACCGGACCACCCUGACCAUUGACAAGCACAACCGGCGGGCAAAGAAACUGACCUAGAAGGACAGGAAGGCGUUAGUCACCUCCCUGACUGCUCUGUUCUCAACACCUGCACACCUCCUUGACCAGAAAGCCCUGAAGUCGAAGUCGUGUCCAGGUCCAGGCAGUGCCUGGAGGCCUUGCCCCAGGAGGUGCAGGCCCUCCUGGGGUGCAGAGCUGCCAAGGUGUGCACUCUGGUCCUGACCAUGGUCCCCAGGGGGAGGAGAAACUCCAGGAGGGAGGGGGCUGCCUGCACCCCGAUACCCUGCUCCCCACCCACCCCCCAUGAUGGCUCCAGCUCCUCUUGCUCCCAGCUGCCCCUGGGCCCUGACUCCCCACUCCCUACCUGCUCCCCACUCCUUGCUCUCGCCACCCUGCUACCCCACAUUCCUCCUCCCUGUGGGCCCACUCCCUGCUCCCCGCUACCCACUCCCUGUGGAGGGGCCCUCCCCCUCCCCCCACCGCGGGCCCUUACCCCCCUCCCCCCUCGCUUCAGGCUGCUCCUUUCUCAUACUUGAGCCCUUUGGAGCCUGGACAGCAGCAGGAGGCUGCCCCCAGCGCUCAGUGGCUGCUUUGCAUGGCCAGCAGCACAACUAGCAGGAUCUUCAUUUUUUCUCUGUCCUUGCUCAGUGCAAAAGGGCAAUUUAAGUCUCUGGGGAAGAAGUCAAGCCCCCUCUCUGGGCUACUGUGCGUGGGCCCCAGUGCGCUCAGUCUGCCCUUCUCUGGUGGACAGGCCCGUUCCCUCCUGGUCGUGCUGUGAUUUCCCCCCAAAGCCUGGUACAUCGGAGGUCAUCCUAUAAACACCUGAAAUGUUCUCCCCCUGCCCAAUUUCUAGCCAAGUGUGAAAAUAAUACAUACAGCACCUAUUUUAAAAAGCGUUGAUUUUUUUUUUAGGUGCCCCAUUUCUGUCCAGAAA